UCGAAGUGAUCUCUCUGCUGCUCGUGUAUAUCUUAGCCACCUACCUGCCAACACAGCGACCAGGGCGACGUCGGCUGACUUUCCUGCCUGCCGUCCGUCGCGCUAUCUGCAUGGCUUUCGCGCUCAAGGCAUCUUCCUCGGCUCCGUCGUUGAGCCGCCCCAUGCGUUGCGGCACGGUGGCCUCUGUGGCGGUGCCCGUGCCGCUGCCGGGGAGGCCCGUGGUCAGAGCAGUCGCCGCGGCGGCGGUGGCGUCGCUCGAACCGGCGGUGACUGUACCCGCGCCCGCGCUGGCUGGGAGGUCCGCGUCGCUGUCCGCGGCCGGCAAACGCGGCCUGUCGGUGGCAGAGGCCAUGUCUCGGGGCAGGGCGAAUGGCAAGACGGCGUUUAUCCCGUACAUCACCGCCGGCGACCCCGACCUGGCGACCACGGCGGAGGCGCUCAAGCUCCUUGACAGCCUCGGCGCCGACGUCAUCGAGCUCGGCUUGCCCUUUUCGGACCCCUCCGCCGACGGGCCGGUGAUCCAGGCCUCCGCGGCGCGGGCGUUGGCCGCUGGCGCAACCACCGACGCCGUGAUGUCGAUGCUGAAGGAGGUGACGCCGGAGCUGUCCUGCCCCGUGGUCAUCUUCUCUUAUUUCAGCCCCAUCCUGCGCCGUGGGGCAGGGAGUUUCGCCGCGGCUGCCAAGGAAGCCGGUGUCAAAGGCCUUAUCAUACCCGAUCUUCCAUACGAGGAGAUGCAUGCUUUCAGGAAAGAAGCCAUCAAGAACAAUCUAGAGCUGAUCCUUCUUACAACACCAGCUACACCAUCAGAGAGGAUGAAAGAAAUCACAAAAGCUUCAGAAGGGUUUGUUUACCUUGUAAGUGUCCUUGGAGUUACAGGAGCUAGGGCGACUGUAAACCCACGUGUCAAGGAUCUUCUUCAGGAGAUUAGGCAGGUCACAGAUAAGGCAGUGGCAGUUGGCUUUGGCAUAUCGACCCCGGAACAUGUUAGCCAGAUUGCCGAGUGGGGUUCAGAUGGAGUGAUCAUUGGUAGUGCAAUGGUGAAACAGUUGGGUGAAGCAAACUCUCCAAGAGAAGGAUUAAAGAGGCUAGAAGUAUAUGCCAAGAGUUUGAAGAAUGCACUCCUAUGAUAUGCAAUUUAAAUGGUUAAUUAUUUAGGGUGGCAAGCCAGGUGGUCAAAAUUUAAAUCGAUGAAGGGUAGAAGGUAUUUGCAAUUUUUGUGUUGCAAAAAGAGACUAGUGUUUACUUUUAUAGUUAGUGUUUGGAUAUGCUUUUGUUCCUUUGUUGUGUUAACUUGGGAGUGUUAAUAUCAAGUGAAUAUAAUAAUUGUA